AUGAGUCUCCAAGACGACAGUGACUGGACUGGGAAAACAGGCGCGCCCGUUCCGGACCAGCCUGGCGACACCUUCACCUUUCAAGUUGGCAAUCCUUCGAAAUGCUUCCGAGUUCACAAGAACCUACUCGAGACCGCGUCGUGGAUCUCUAGGCGCAUCAAACAUGCCCAGUUCCAGUCGCUCAUGGAAAGCAUCCUACGAAAGACAUUGGAAGAUCUGAUGAAAAUCAGGCAUGACCUCUCGUGCCAGCCAGGUACAGUGGCUACGGUAUGGGUGUUAAACCAACGGGCUAUCUGGGGACUUUUCAGGUAUUCCCUUCUCAACACGCCCGACGAGCUCCGAUACACAGCUGCGGAUGUAUUUUUGAUUCUCUUGGAUAUACUACGAAUUCCAGACGAUCCCGGUGUACCUCGUAAUGUUUUCACUUCUCAAUACAUCUGGCCCAGACUGGGAGAACUGGAAGACGGGGACAACCCUCCAAAGUUCGCCUCCAUUCUACUCAAAGCUAUUUCAAAUAUAAGGACUCGGUUGCAGCAGUUGGAUCAAAGGGAGCGAGUCUCCGCUGGCCAUCUCGUCCUCCACGAUGACGAUCCCGAAGUCGUAACAAUGUUUAUUCGCGCUCUCUGGUCCAACAACCUUCAGGCUCAAGAACCUAGUGGCCAGCUAAGAGAUCUGUCAUGGUCCGAGCUCGUCAAUUUGCACGCUUUCGCGAAACGUAUGGACGCCGAACUUCUUGUCGAAAGGAUCAAGUUUGAAUUGCAGAGAACCCUUAGCCAGGCACCCAAUACGAUUGCGAUCGAGACCCAUAUGACCCCGACGAUAGAUCAAGAUAUCCGACAGCUCUGCACACUAGAACUUAUGACCCGUAGGUUGCGAAAUGUAGGCAUGACUGAGUUGGAUGACAGUUCAACCGAAGAUUGGGAGAUGAUAGAACAACCCCAGAUGGUUGCAUAG